AUGGCACGUUCUUAUAACACCCCUUCUACCACGUCCAACCACGAAAAUUCUGAUGCAACUUUAAUGGAAUUUUUCACCAACAAUGCCGCAGCCAUCAAUGCCAUUUUACACCAACACUCGUCCACAGAAACUUUCAACUCUUCCACUGACGACCUUGCUUGGAAUAAUGCUGUCGCUGCUUUACACAACAUUACACACUCCCGUCCUGCUACCCCCGUCCUACUGCGACGGAUGUACGCAACCUCCAAUGCUUUUUCACCCCAACCCAGCGAGUCCUCCACUGUCGUUUCACCCGCUGUUUCACAACCCGCAUCACCUCCUCCCCUCACUGUCAUUUCACCCGCUGUUUCACAACCCGCAUCACCUCCUCCCCUCAGCAACACCCUCUCACUUGCCCACAAUGACAACAACUACUCUGAUUAUACACAAUACGACGACUACUCAUCUUACAAUAACCAACAAUCUCAACCGAACGAUUUCCGUCCCCGUUCUACUCUGAUCCCACGCGUGUUGCCUCCCAUCAAUUGGCCGUCCGACUUGUAUCCACCCAUCCAACCUACUGCAGAAUUGCAAGCCCAAACUCCGUUCCCAAACAUGGAAUCGUCACCCGUUGCGCGAUGCUGCUCCCCCACGUGUACUUAA